GCUGGGUUCACGUGGAACCUGUUUGUGGUAGAAAGCCACUUCACACAGAGUAGUUCAUUUAUUAAAACAAUGGAAUUGCAAAGUGAAGUCGUGCUGUAAGAACGGUUGUAUGGCUGCAGUAAUAAACAAAGCAACUCUUAAAUCGUGGAAAUAAGUGAAACGCACACCGGAACAACCCGAUAAGUUAAUAAUGCACUUUAUUUGAUUGUUAACGGGCACAUGCAAUUCUAAUACUCCUCUCGAAUUUGCGUUUGCCUGCGGUUUUCAAAUGAAUUGCACCAGAACGAUAGGGGGAGGAGAGCUUUUGCUCCGAACAGCUGUUAAAACCAGGAAGAGAACGCGCCGAAAGACUGGACCAAAAACGAAUUUCUUGACAAGACUCAAGAGUCUUGUUCUACAGAAGUUACAAAUAGACUCGGCUAGCAUCUUCAGCUUUUUCUCCCAUAAGUCUACCUUGCCUGUAGAGCUGGCCAUGCCUCUGUACAUGGCAAGUGAUGACUUCAUUUACAAAAGGAGGCCCAAGCGCACGAAGCCCCUGAGGCCUUGCAUUCAGUGCUCUAGUGUGGAAGUGAAGCAUAAAGAGGCCAGUACCAGCACUGAAGGGGAGUGCAGAGCUAAGAAGCAAGUGUCCUUUGCAGACCACAAGGGGCUGGCGCUGACAAUGGUCAAGAUCUUUUCAGAGUUUGAAGACCCCAUUGAAAUCCCGUACAACAUCCAGGAGUUGAUCGACACGGUGGUGAACUUGUCGGUGGAGAGGGACAGCCUGGUGCUGGAUUUCGAGCAGCCCUCUGCAGACUACCUGGCCUUCAGGCAGCGGCUGGAGAAUGACCAUGUUUGCUUGGAGAACUGCAUGCUGAAAGAGAAAACCCUGGUGGGCACAGUGAAAGUCAAGAAUCUGGCAUUUGAGAAGUCUGUCAAAUUGCGGGUCACCUUCAACACUUGGAAGAGCUUCAUAGACCACCAGUGCCAGUAUGUAAAUGACAUUUACACAGGCUCUGACAGGGACACUUUCUCCUUCGAGAUCGACCUGCCACACAACAUACCACCACAUGAACGCAUAGAAUUCGCUCUGUGCUACACAAGCAAUGGGAAGGAUUUCUGGGACAGCAACCAAGGCCAAAAUUACAAGGUGAUUCGAUCUGUACUAAAAACCUCUCCAGAGAACGGAGUGAACGGUUCUCACGUUAAUGGGUUUUCUGACGUAGGUAUUCAUUUUGACCCCUAUGGCAGCCCUAGAUGCUCGUAUGGUAUUUUUCCCGAAUGGCCUUGCUAUGAAGGCUUUGAAAAAAUAGGGCCUUAUUACUAACUUGUUUUGUUGAGGGACAUAUCCAUGCUGAAGAGCCAUAUGAUCUACUUGUUUCUCUUUUUAUCUGAUCUGUGAAACGUUGAAGGUUAAGCACCUAAUACUGUUGGGUUUAUGAGAACUGACCACAAGGAACUUGCCUAGAUGGAGGUGUGUAGUCAGAAAUGUAUUUGGUUAUGGGUCACUUCCACCAAUAAUAUUUAAGCUGUUACAGUAAUAUUGGACCUUGACCUCUGUCAAUUGAAUCUUGACACAACCUUUAUAACAAUUUCAGAUGGGGCCUUUUUGCUAGGCCGGUGAAAAGAUUAACACAGUGCAAUACUACUAAAUACCAUUGUGGUAGUCUUGGUAACUUGCUUCCUGAAAUCUGUGAAGGGAACAUUGAAGCCAACAUUUUGCUUUGUCACAAGAUAGGACACAUUUUGACUUGCUUACUCAAGAUUAAAAAGUAAGGUUGGCUGUACUGUACCCUUUUGCUGCUAUAAUUGCAGUAAGCAUGCUUGCCAUGUAACCACCACGAAUGAGGAUUGCACUAUAUUGUAAAUGGAAGGUAGAUUCCCUGCUGAGUGCAUUACAUAUUUAGGGCUUCCCACAGCCACUUUUUAGUAGUACAUGGUAUGUUGUGCACAACCAUCACCUGUAACCUCCUGCCAUUGCACACUUUUGUCAGUCAGGUAAUGAAAUAAAAUUGCAUCGGUUAGGCCAUUGAAUAAGGGGGGAAAAAAGGAGGGAACAUUUGUCCAGAAAAUCAGCAUACCUGCAGUAAGAUUUAUUUUUAAAUACAGUUUCAUAUACAGGUAGUGCUGCAUAAGAAAAGGGAAUUGGGUGUUUUGGGUAUCGAAAAAGCAGCAGAGUUGAGUGGCAGUCAGAGUGGUUGUUGCUUUUUCAUGGGUAUAUAUGAUAUCAUGUCCAUAACAAUCUAAACCCCUUAUUCUAAUAGAACUUUUGUCUUACAAGAUAGCUCUAAUAGGAUUUUUAUCAUCCUGCCCAUUCCGCCUUUGAUAGCCCUCACUACUAGGUGCUACUGAAUGGGACCAAGCAACUAAGCUUUAGCUGUGAAGUGUGUGUGAUUUAUAUAAAAUCUCACAUACAUAUACACACAAACUUCAAAGCUAAAGCUUAGUAUCUUGGUCUCUAUGUAUUGUCAGGGAUCAAAUAUUUUACCUUCCGGUUCAGAGGAACCACAAGGCCAUUUACUGGGUAUAGUGGAAGUGUUUUAAAUUUGCAUUAUUUCUGGAAUCCAUAAAUGGAGCUUGUGGCAAGUAUUUAUUCUUUGCCAUCAGAUCCAGAUUUUUUUUUUUUUUUUUUUUGUGUAAACGGUCUAUUGAGGUAUAUGUUUAAAUAAGAAAGUGUUUGUGUAACACCGAUAUCCCUCUAUGCGUUUUGGUCAGAGUCCUUAUAUGUAUAUAGAAGAAAUAUGAACUUGUAGCAAGUUAUUUCUGGGCAUACAAAGGGAAUAUGUAGGCUAAUCCUUUUGUAGACUGUGUGCCUAAAAAAACUGGUAUCUCUCUGUAUUGUAGACAUCUGUCCGUAUUGUACUAUGGGCCCCCAUUCUCUUGCUAAAUGAAAAAAGGGAUUGUUUGUAAGUUUAUUAUAAUCUUUGAGGGCAAGUGAAUAUUUUCAAGAAAAAUUGGAGAUCCCAUUUUAAAACAAUCAUGGCUACUUAAAAAAAAAAAUUAAAUGUGAUCUCUAAACCGAAGAGAAUUAGCAGUAUUUAUUUAUGUAAUUGCCUUUUUAUUGUCAUACCCUUUCAUUUGAAAGUUGUCAAUGUGAGUCGCCACUUUUGUUUUAAAUGAUUAAUAAUUGUAAAAUGAUCACGAGUACAAGGGAUUCAAGGUAAAUGACGUCAGAAUUUUUAAUCGUCAUUUUUUAAAAUUUGAAUACCUCCUGCACUUUAAAGUAGAGAUUACAGUGUUUGCUAAAGGGCUUGAAAGGUGAUCUUCUUUGGCGUUCUUCUAUCUACCACACAUUAUUGCAAAAAGUUUUUUUUAAAACCUGGUUUUAGCUAUUUGUACACUGCAGGUGGGGGCACACUGAAAAAUAUAAUGAAAUUCACCAAAUUGUUCAUAAUAAUGGAAAGGGCACCUAGUUAGUAGGAAAUAAUGUUUUGGAUUGUAAAAAGGUAAAUCUGAACUAUUUUUGCCAAUGUGUGUAAUAAAAUGAGUUUAUACUUUUUCUUUGAAA